AUGGAGGGAAGAGAGAGCAGUUGCCAUCCUUUGUUGAGAGGAGGAAGGAGGGAAAGCAAAUUCAGCCAUGGUUUCUCUCCAGCUCAAAUCCAAUCACUGGCUGCCAUCUGUGAAGCUCUGGUACCUCCUUUGUCACUGGAAGACACCAUAAACAACAACAAUAACAAGAAGGAGGAAAGCCCAGAUGACCAAGCCCUUCAUUCCAUCUACAGAGCUUCUGGGUCUCAGCCUCCUAUACCAGAUGAGGUAGCAGAAUUGAUGGUGAAGAGGGCUCUACCAGAAGUUUUGGAGGGAAUGAAGCUAUUUCUGAAGAUGCUGUCAUUCAGAUUAGGAACAUUAUUACUCUGUGGGCAUCGUUGUCUUAGUUGGAAAUGGCCAUUCAUCCACAGCUUCUCUGAAAUGUCUUUGGAGAAAAGAGAGGAAGUCCUCAAGAAAUGGUCAAAGGAAAAGCUUGUACUCACACUCAGAUUGAUGUUCUUGGUGGUCAAAAUCUUCUGCUUCUACACCUUCUUCUCCUGGCUUGAUAAAAAUUCAAGAAACCCAGCAUGGAAAGCAGUUGGAUACGAUUUGAACACCAAAAAAAAGUUGAUAAAUACUCCAAAGGAGAGACCUCUUGAACAGGGAAUCAUAGAAACCAUGAAUGAGAGUGAUUCUACACUUGUUCAAUCUCUCACUAAGAGAGGCCUUCGGGUCUCGGAUGAUACGACUCACAACAUCCACAAGAUCCAAUGUGAUGUUGUCAUUGUUGGCUCUGGUUGUGGUGGAGGAGUUGCAGCUGCAGUUCUUGCACAGUCUGGCCAAAAAGUGAUGGUUGUCGAGAAAGGGAACUAUUUUCUGCCUAAAGAUUACUCUUCUCUAGAAGGCCCCUCAAUGAAUGAACUAUAUGAAUCAGGUGGAAUUAUGUCAUCAGUUGAUGGGAUGAUAAUGAUAUUAGCUGGCUCAACAGUUGGAGGAGGUUCUGCUAUAAACUGGUCUGCAUCGAUCAGAACACCAGAUACGGUUCUGCAUGAGUGGUCUGUGGAUCAUAAGGUUCGACUUUAUGCAAGCUCUGAUUACAAAUCUGCCAUGGAUGUUGUGUGUAAGAGGAUUAGAGUCACGGAUAGUUGUACUGAAGAAAACUUUCAGAAUCAGAUUCUGCGAAAAGGGUGCGACACUCUUGGUCUGAAAGUUGAUUUGGUUCCUAGGAAUUCCCCGGGAGAUCAUUACUGUGGUUCUUGCAACUAUGGCUGUCCAACAGGAGAAAAGCAAGGGACUGAUUCUACUUGGCUAGUUGAUGCUGUUAAAUGUGGUGCAGUGAUUUUGACUGGAUGCAAAGCUGAGAAGUUCAUAUUGGAGAAUGACAGUCAAGGAGGAGGUACAAGAAAAAGAUGCCUUGGUGUGGAAGCAACAUCUUUGGGCAAGAAUAUGAAAAAGAAGCUGCAAAUUGAGGCCAAGGUGACAAUUUCAGCAUGUGGAUCUCUCUUGACACCUCCUCUGAUGAUCUCCAGUGGACUCAAGAACCCAAAUAUCGGCAGGAACCUCCACCUUCACCCUGUUCUGUUGUCCUGGGGAUACUUUCCUGAACACGAAUCAGAAUUUAGAGGCAGAACUUAUGAGGGAGGGAUCAUCACUUCACUCCAUAAGGUGGUUUCCGAUACCACAAACGUCCGGGCAAUCAUAGAAACUCCUGCACUAGGGCCUGCCUCAUUUGCUACACUGUCUCCAUGGAUUUCAAGGCUUGACAUGAAGGACAGGAUGGAGAAGUAUGCAAGAACAGCUCACCUGUUUGCAUUGGUCAGAGAUAAGGGUUCAGGGGUGGUGAAGAGAGAGGGUAGGAUCCACUACACACUAGACCAGUUGGAUAAAGAGAAUCUUCAAGUUGGGCUUAGGCAGGCUUUGAGAAUCUUGAUUGCUGCAGGAGCUGUUGAAGUGGGAACAUAUAGAAAUGAUGGGCAGAGAAUAAAAUGCAAGGGGACAAAGCAUGAGGAUUUGGAAGAGUUUUUGGACACUGUGGUUGCACCUGCAGGGCCAAGCUCAAGGGAAGAGCUUUGGACCAUAUACUCUUCUGCACAUCAGAUGGGAAGUUGCAGAAUGAGUGCAAGUGAGGAGGAAGGAGGAGUUGAUGAGAAUGGUGAGAGCUGGGAGGCAAAAGGGUUGUUUGUUUGUGAUGGGAGUUUGCUUCCAACUGCAAUUGGUGUAAAUCCCAUGAUUACCAUCCAAUCCACGGCUUAUUGCAUUUCCAAGAAGAUUGCAGAGUCCUUGGAAAAAGAAAAAUACAUUUAUCCUAAUAAUAUUAGCUAUUAG